CCUGGAGCGGUGGGAUUGGACCGGUCUGGAUCGGCCCCUGCUUUCUCCUGAUAAGGGAGGAAAGGGCAGUUCUGCUCUGCAAACACUGGCGGAGCAGCACACAGGCCGGACACAGCCACUGUGGGAGAGCUGCCGAGGAACAACGGUGCAGCCAAGGAGACCGCAGAAACACUCUGCCCCCAAAUCCCCAACUCUGCCCUGAGACCGCGGGGAAAGAAGGGCGCACAAAAGCAUUCUUCGCUUUCACUCUACAAGUUAAAGAACAAAACACAACAAUACGCCGGGCGAGAUCCUUCCCUCGGAGAUCCAAAUUCAAGGAGAAAGGCGUGACAGCGCAGCAUCACAGUGGGAUUUGGAAUCCGUGCAGCAUCUCCAAACCCAGAGAGAGAGAGAGAGAGAGGCUGGAGGUGCACGAAGGAUAAACUCAUCUGGAAGAAGAAAGCAACAGAACCAGGAUGAGAGCUGCUGGAAGCAUCGCUUGGCUGCUUCUUUCUCUAAGCUUGUGCUCAGGUAUCAGUUCCACCCUGGGGACCACCGCUGCUGCCACUUCUAAGAGUGUGACAACAGCAAACCCAACUACUGCUGUUAGAACCACUGUUAAAGUCACCACAACUCCAACUACUGUGCCUCAAACAACGAUAACUGCUGAAGCCACGACUUUAGCAAAAACUACUGCUUUCAGCCAGACAACCCAGCCAGCAACGACAGGAGCUGCAACCACAACCAAAACUGUCCCAGCAGCUACAACAAAUAAACUGGUACCAACUCCAGCACCAACAACCGCUGCAGCAAAGUCUUUAUUUACAUCUUCUGCUCCUGUUGCUACUGCUGCUCCUGUUGCUACUGCUGCUCCUGCUUCCACUUCUGCUGGCCAUCACCCCAAUGGAACACCUUCUCUUCCUGUUGCUACUACCACCAGUCAAUCCAAAACCACAGCACAAGUUACACCAUCUGUUGCAGAUAAAAGCCCGGUCCAAACAGCUACCAAAUCACCGUCACCUCGUCCCUCUGGUGUGUCUCAUUUACCAUCAUCAGAUUAUAGCAGUAAGGGGUCAACCUUAAGCACAGGGACCCCAACAUCUUCUCAAACAACUGAGCAGACGUCCACUAAAAGCAUCCCAAACCUUGUAACCAAGAACCAACAGGAAAGCUCAUCAGGUACCAGGGCAGGAUCCACUGAGCUGACAUCACCUAAGGCCGAGACAACGAUUAAGACAAAUUUAGCUGUUACUACCCCCAGCCAGACCAAGGCUGGACCACCGGAUGCAGGGAGUUUCCAGAGCACAGCUGGAACCACAGUCCUCUCAACAACCACCACCAAUUUGGAUCAGCAGCAGAAGUUUACUUAUUCUCUGUCCGGUGCGCAGGAGGCAGGCGACCAGAAGGGUUUUUCAGAGUUGUGCCAGAAGCUGAUGCUAAACCUGCAAAAYGGGAUGUGCACCCUGACAUGGAGGAGCAUCAAUAACAAAGUGCAUUUUGACAGCGUGGAGAUCAACGGCCAAGUGAAGACCGCCCUGGCAGAGCAGUAUAAUGGAGAAAGGACGGAGGCAGACGCCCAGAAAACAGAUUAUAAAACCCUGAUCGCCAUCCUGGCCUCCUGCGGAGCUCUGCUCAUCAUGAUCAUCAUCCUGACCGUUUGUGCUUCUCACCACAGAAAGCCGUGCAACGAGAACCAGCAGUACCUGACGGAGGAGCUGCACACGGUGGAGAACUGUUACCACGACAACCCCACCCUGGAGGUGAUGGAGGCGCAGCCGGAGAUGCAGGAGAAGAAGGUGGCGCUCAACGGCGAGUUCAACGACAGCUGGAUCGUUCCCAUCGACAACCUGAUGAAGGACGACGUCCUGGACGAGGAGGACACCCACCUGUGAGGACGGCGUGGACAGGACCAGGACCUCCACGGUCUCCCUGCACUCCAGACUCAUUGUCUGGAUGGAAACACAGCUUUGUUAGAUGUGUUUUAUAUUAUAGUUUAAUAUAAAUAUUUGAUGUUGGCUUA